UCGGGACCAAGAGAACAUUACGUGUGCUACGCGGCGGUGUCUGUAUAGUUCAUCAUAGUGUCUGUCAUGGAGACUCAGUCUUGUAGCGACAUAUUCGCCGAAACUACGUUCAAAGCUUUGGGCGCUUCACUCUCGAAGACCAAGUUGAAGAUAAUUGUUGUGCUGACCAUCAGCCUCGCCGCUUGGCUGGGGACGUCCACCGUGAACCAUGCGGCGACGUUUGGACGACUUAACUUCCUUUCAUCUUUUUCGGCGCAACGACCUGUGAUCAAAGCAUAUGCAAUCAACACCAGUACGUGCAGAAUACCAGACUUUGAUCCUUUCGACUCAUCGGUGAAGAGCUUCUACGAAAGGACGCAGUACUAUAAUUGCACAGGCACGACUUCCUUCAUUGAACAACGAAGGAACAUCCUCCUCGUUGACGUCGCCGUAUUACAGACAUUCUACAACACCAGUCGAAAGGAGGUCUCCUGCGUUUAUAGGAACUUCGUGAGGGAUGAAUCCCUGAACGACACAGACAACCUGGUCACGUAUAGCAACGCUAGCGUACUGAUGUUCGGCGUGCCCAUCGAAUUCGAACAGAUCAGGGUCGAUUGUAAACUCGGAGGAAACACGUCUUACACAGAUUACUUCUUAAUUCCGCUCGUGAAAACACAAGUCGAGAGGCGUUGCAGCGAACGAGAAUUACGAAAGGAAAACUUAGACAUUGAGCGCAUGAAUAUCGUCUUCAUGGGCGUGGACAGCGUGUCGCGACUGAACUUCAUACGCCAUUUGGCAUUGACCAGGGAAUACCUGUUCAGAAACUUCCAGCCAGUGGAGUUGUUCGGCUUUACAAAAGUGGGCGACAACUCCUUUCCAAACCAAUGUGCAAUGCUCUCGGGUACCAUCUUCUCUGACACAUCAGACGUCUGCAAGAAAGGUGUCUUCGACAACGAAAGCUGGGUGUGGAACGAUUACUCCAACCUCGGCUACAGGACGAUGCACUUCGAAGAGAAUCCACUAGGUGGAAUAUUCAACAUUUACUGCAACGGAUUUCGCAAGCAGCCAACGGACUACUACCUACGCCCUCUUAUGCUGGGUAUCGCCAGGGCAGAAAAUCCGCCUCAUGACUGGCCAUGCUACCGAACGCGAGUUGAAACGGAGAUGUACUUGGACUAUUAUACAUCAUUGCUAGCUCUAUUGGGGAACAGGCCAACGUUCGCUUACUUCUGGAUGACGGCUCUUCCACAUGACGGUUUCAACAAUCCAGGUUACAUUGACGUCCCGCUUCGUCGAGCCUUCGAGACCCUCACGAAGACUGGAGUCAUGAACCGGUCGCUGGUUAUCCUGCUCGCCGAUCAUGGUAUGCGUUUUGGCGAUGUUCGUCUCACCUUUAUGGGGCGGUAUGAAGACCGGUUGCCUUUCAGUCUCUUACUGUUUCCACCGGCUUUCCAGCAGAAGUACCCCAGUAUAAUGGCCAACCUUCGCGUAAACCAGCACAGGUUGACGACCGCUUUUGAUAUUCACGCCACCCUGGUGGAACUGACGCAGUUUCCGCGUUCUCUGUCGCGCAACGAAUUUGCCACGGAGCGUGGCUUGAGCCUGCUGCACGAAAUUCCUGAGAACAGAACAUGUGCGGACGCCUCUAUAGACCAGUAUUAUUGCUGCUGCGAUGAGUUUCAAGAAGAUGACGCGGCAGUGAAAUCGCGUCUGGCGAUAGCAAAAUUCAUCGUGUCCACGACCAACAAGUGGCUGUUCGAAAGUGCUCCUGGAAUGUGCAAGCGGCAUACGUUGAAAAGGGUCUUCAGCAUUCGAAAAGAUCAGUCCAGUGGAGGAAGGAACGCGACGUAUUACAGAGGUACGAUCGCGACGAAGCCCGCGAACGCGAUUCUUGAAGGUUCUGUGGCUGUAACGGACAAAGGAACCAUGACCUUAGAGAAGCUAGCACGGUUAAAUAAGUACGGCAACCAGUCGCACUGCUUGAAAGGAACAACUAUGGAGAAAUACUGUGUAUGCCGCGAUGUGUGAAUGUUGUGUGGUGGGAAAUAUUCUCUUCUCUGAAAAAAAUAAAUAAA